AUGAUUCACAUAGUUUCUCUGCCACUGGUGAGAUCGUGGUUGAGGAGCGUGACAGAACCAUUCAUUCCAGGGGGGGGGGGGAGACAAGAUCACAGAAUCUCCAGUUACAAAGGAAUUGGGAUUAAUGGAAAUGUGGAGAACAAGGAACAAGGAAAUGGAAAAAGGCAUUACCAAGGAAAUGGUAAAAAGAAAAUGUAUGACGAAAGAGAGGCUAAGUUGAGCAGAGUGGAAGUGAUGGGUCCAAGGGGAUAUGUGGAACGCAGAAGCAGGGAAAAAUAUGCACCAGGAAACUCUUACCAUCAGUCUCACAGUCAAGGUGAUUCACAUCUAGUGCGGAAUGGAAGAGAGAGAGAAGAACACCCAAGGGAUUCAAACAGGGACAAGCACAAUUUUGGGAAUCACCGUGAACUAAUAUACAAGGAGAAAGAUACUCACAGCCAUUCGGUGGUCCAUAAUGAGAGGUCAGAUUCCAAGCAGCAAGGUAAUGUCUUGGAUGAUAUGGUAAAGGAAGAGAUUGUGUCUAUAGCUGUUGAAGAUGGAUUGGAUUUGAUCAAUGAGGUUCUAGAUGAUGAUAUUCUAGAAACAUAUGCGAUGAAGCUAGGGUCAGAGGAAGGAGGGGAAGGUACUGAGGACGAUCUUGCGUUCAUGAAGGAACUGAAAGAUAAUGAGGCUUUGAUGGAAGAAGAUCAUGGUCUUAUUGACAAUGCGGACUAG